UAAUGUACCAACAAGAAUUCUUCUAUAUAGAUUAUAGAAAGGCCCUCAAUGUCUCGGUGGCCAUGGCGAUUUGGGUCAUUUGCAGAGAUGAGCGAACGCACGCGGAAGAGCAAUGACCCGUUAAUAGUAUAAGCAAAAGCAAAACCCCACCCACUUGGCUUAGGUUUUGUCUCUCUUUCUGUAUCGGAAACCCUAAAUUCCAGCAGGAAAAAGUAAUUGAAUUUCCGACGAAGGAAGGGGAUCGAUGUCGACACCGGCGAGGAAGAGGCUGAUGAGGGAUUUCAAAAGGUUGCAGCAAGAUCCACCUGCGGGGAUCAGUGGAGCUCCUCAGGAUAAUAAUAUCAUGUUGUGGAAUGCUGUGAUUUUUGGACCUGAUGAUACCCCUUGGGAUGGAGGUACGUUUAAAUUGACGCUGCAGUUCACUGAGGAUUACCCUAAUAAGCCUCCUACGGUUCGAUUUGUUUCACGGAUGUUUCAUCCAAACAUUUAUGCAGAUGGAAGUAUUUGCUUGGAUAUUUUACAGAAUCAGUGGAGUCCUAUUUAUGAUGUUGCGGCUAUAUUGACUUCUAUUCAGUCCCUGCUUUGUGACCCAAACCCAAACUCGCCUGCAAAUUCUGAGGCAGCUAGAAUGUUCAGUGAGAACAAGCGGGAAUACAACCGAAGAGUGCGUGAAAUAGUGGAGCAGAGCUGGACAGCAGACUGAUGAUAGGCAAAGGAUCACCCACCCACCUCUGUUAUGUUUUAAAGUAAACAGAAAAGUUAUGUUUCGGACAUGGGUUUGAAGUGAAACUUAUGUUUGGCAAUACUUCAAUCAAUUGGUCACAUAUGAUCUACUUAAUAUGCAUGCUUUCAUUGUUCUUGGGGGACAACUAUUUUUGAAUUCUUCUCUGCCUUUAGGUUAUGCUUUGCUGGAACUGCGUUGAGAUUCCUCUGUUUCCCCCUGAUUCUCUCCUUCCUGGUUCAUGUAAUAUUUAAUAUUUCAUGCAAGUCAUGUUGUAUGUGUAUAUAGAAAUGGUUUGGUCGUAGCUUUGGUGGCAUAGGUGAACUGGUGAUCCUUUCCCAGUGUGUUAGCUGGCUAGUUGUGUGUGAGAAUCAGGGAAGAGCUCUUAUAGUGUGUAACAAAGUAAGCUUUCCAAAUGCCAACUUAAUGGCUCAUUGUUUUCCAAA